AUGCCCUUUUCGCGCACAAGGCUAUUGCUGGUGCUAUGCUUCUUGUUGGUCAUCGCACAGCGAUAUUGGCUGCCACUUCUGGGCAUGCUCGUCAAUCUCGCUGCCCUCCCCAAUCGCUGGCAUCAUAGCGCUGCUCUCUCUUACAUUUCCCAGGACCGAGAUGACUUCGAUGUGACAUUUGCCGCCUACAGUGUGAACCAGUCCACCUCUGGACCGCAAUACCAAGACGUUGUCCCACCAAUUCUACAUCAUAUGAGUCUCGGCUCAAACCCACCUCGUGAAGAAUGGCUUGCGGCUCGAGAUGAAUGCAUUAAGCAUCACCCUGACUGGGAAGCAAUUAUCUGGGAUGAUGAGAAAUCUUACAAGUUUGUUGCCGAGGAGUUUCCUCAUUUGAAGAAUAUGUGGCAUAGCUAUCGCUACCCGGUUGAAAAGGUUGAUGCGCUGCGAUAUAUGGUGCUUUAUAAAUUUGGAGGCAAGUCUGUUUACGUAGUAGCGAGAUACUAUAGCCCUUUACGCUUAUUGACCGUGAGAUCUGACAUCAGUGCAGGUGUUGUGCUGGAUUUUGAUCUAGAAUGUAAGAGAAGUUUGGGCCCGCUGAGGCGCUUCGACUUCGUUGCACCGGCGGCGUAUCCUACUGGAUUCUCGGUUGGCUUCAUGAUGGCUAGACCAGGCAAUUACUUCGUCCGUUCCCUUGUCGAUAGCCUUGCCGCAUACAACCAUGCUUGGUUCUUUAUUCCCUAUGCAACAGUCAUGUUCAGUACUGGCUGUCAUUACGCAUCGUAA